AUGUCUUCCAGAUUAUCUGAUAUAUUUUCUAAAAUCGCCAUCUCCUUAGGGGUCACCAUCACAUUGGCCCAGUCUGCACUCUACGAUGUCGAGGGGGGGAAAAGAGCUGUCAUCUUUGACAGGUUAAAUGGUGUUAAGCAAGGAGUUGUCGGAGAAGGUACUUACUUUUUGAUUCCUUGGUUACAAAAAGCCAUUGUAUACGACGUCAGAACUAGACCCAAGACCAUCGCCACCACCACCGGCUCCAAGGACUUGCAGAACGUCUCUUUGACCUUAAGAGUGUUGCACAGACCCGAGGUGAUGAGCUUACCCAAAAUUUAUCAGAGCUUAGGUUUGGACUACGAUGAAAGAGUGUUACCAGCCAUUGGUAACGAGAUUUUAAAAAGCAUUGUUGCCCAGUUUGACGCCGCCGAAUUGAUCACCCAAAGAGAAGUGGUGAGUGCCAGAAUCAGACAGGAGUUGAGCAAAAGAGCUGAAGAAUUUAACAUCAAGUUGGAAGAUGUUUCCAUUACUCACAUGACAUUUGGUAAAGAGUUCACCAAGGCCGUCGAACAAAAACAAAUCGCCCAGCAAGAUGCUGAAAGAUCCAAGUAUUUGGUUGAAAAAGCUGAACAGGAAAAGAAGGCCAGUGUCAUCAGAGCCGAGGGUGAAGCCGAACUGGCGGAAACCGUUUCCAAGGCCUUGAGUAAAAGUGGAGAUGGGCUUUUGAUGAUCAGAAGAUUAGAAGCCUCGAAGGAAAUCGCCACGUUGUUGGCCAACUCUCCCAACGUAUCUUACUUGCCCAGUGGUCAAGGUUCUGAGAACAACUUGUUGUUGAAUGUCGGAAAGUGA